AUGAGAUACAUCAAGGAUCGAUCCAAAUUCGACAAAGCCGUUCAAUCCAUCCCUGGACUUUCCACUACCGAGGCUGAGGGUGAGCACUGCAUAAAGACCUUCAUUGGCUGGGACAAUGACAAGAUUCGAUCUCGGGGACGUCGUCUGGAAGAAGAAGCCGCAAAGGAAAGAGAACAGGAGGCUAUAGAAGCACGAAUCGAGAGAGAGAGGGAGAGGCAGCCAAUUCUUCAACGCCAUCAUGAAUACGCGAAAGGACACCGAGUUCUUGCCAGCUCGCUCAAGCUUCAAGAUCUUGCAGGGUCAUGUGUUGUUCGGUGUGACGAGAUAAUGAAGAAUUGGACUCCAAGUGAGGUGAUGACACUAGACAUCGCAGCACCGAAGCUGCAUUGGACUUCGGCAUUGUGGAGGGCAUAA